CAUUGCUGUCAAAGCUUGCUUGGUGCUUGUGUUGCUGUCCGAAGGCGAAGAGAUGUGAUUAUGGAGGAAGAAACAACAACUGAAGAUGGAGAGCCCUCAUUCUGCGCCGCUUGCCGCAACGAAGUCGAGGAAGGAGAGUUUGUCCAUGCCUUAAACCAAGACUGGCACCUAGAAUGUUUUAGAUGCUCUGCCUGUGAUGCUGCACUGUCGAGUUGGUACUUUGAAAAAGACGGAUUGCUUUUCUGCAAAGACGACUACUGUGCGAAGUUUGGAGAGUCUUGCCAACAAUGUGGCCAGAUAAUAACUGGACCAGUGAUGGUCGCUGGCGACCACAAAUUCCAUCCAGAGUGCUUUUGCUGUUCUUCGUGCAGCGGCUUCAUAGGCGACGGCGAGGCCUACGCCUUGGUGGAGCGGUCAAAACUUUACUGCGGCCAAUGCUACAAAAGGCAAAUGCGGCCGCUGCUCGGCCGGCAGGCCAGUUCCAGCGGCCAGGCUGGAAAGCCGCAGCACUCAAUUCGGCUGGUGGAAAUUCCACCUGCCCCUGCGACACAAACCGGGCCAAGGACCGUCAAGCUGAGCUUGGAGGGAGGCGGAGGAGGCGGCUUUCUCGCCCCUCACCCUCUUGGCUGCAGAGGCCUCCGUAUUUCAGAUCUGCUGUGUAAUUGGGGAUGCAAGAUGGGCAAGCUUGCAGCCUCUUGGCUCCAUUCCACUGCGACAGUCUGUUUUCAGGCAGCCAAAAGGAGGCUGGACAUGAGCUCCGAGUUGAUGUCUCUGCACAUUGGCGAUCGCAUUCUUGAGGUCAAUGGGGAGCCUGUUGCCGAACAGCCGCUUGAGCAUGUUGAGAACCUUCUGCGCUACUCCAACACAGUACUGCAGCUGACGAUCGAACACGACCCUGACGCCCUGAAGCCGCGCCACCUGAAGGGCGCUAACAAGGCGGAAAACUCUCCUCCGCACACGACGCCAGUGUCGCCGUCCAGCCCAACUAAAGAAAAAGAGCGCCUUUUCAAGAGGCGGGACGAGGGGUACAUCAGUGGGUCAAGAUCAAGACAACUGCGGAGAAGCGCUCAGCAGAACAAGGCCGGCUGCAAUUCCUCCCCGGGAUGCAAGGAGCGCUCAUCCUCCAUGUCCAGACUCCUAGACGGAGCUAGUCCUGGUCUAAAAGAUGAGGGCUGUGACUUGUCUAGGACGAGAUCAUUCCGCGUUGAGCCUCCUAGGAAUAGUCAGAGAGUCUUCCGAGCGUCCGAUCUGGUCAAAGGAGAACUCCUGGGCAAAGGGUUUUUCGGCCAGGUCUUCAAAGUCACCCACCGGGCAACUGCCGAGGUUAUGGUCUUAAAGGAGCUUUACAGAGUUGACGAAGAGGCGCAAAAAAAUUUUCUGAAAGAGGUCGCCGUUUUGCGUAGCCUGAACCACCACAACGUGCUAAGAUUCAUUGGCGUCCUCUACAAAGAGCGCCGUUUGCACUUGGUCACCGAAUUCAUCCCUGGCGGCACCCUCCGCGAUCUGCUUCAAGACCCCGACGAGCCCCUCCCCUGGGAGCAGAGAGCCAACUUUGCCAAGGACAUUGCGUCCGGCAUGGCGUAUCUCCACUCCCGAAACAUAAUCCACCGAGAUCUGAAUUCACACAACUGCCUGGUCAGAGAGGACCGGACAGUUGUGGUUGCUGACUUUGGCUUGGCGCGCAUUAUUUCUUCAUCUCCGGGCAUUGGUGGCCUCUCAGACAAGAGAAACGCCAGAAUCAGCAGUGGAAGGAGAAACGCCGGUACACCAGGAAGCAGCAGAAGGGGGGAGCGAAAAAAGAGGUACACUGUGGUCGGCAACCCAUAUUGGAUGGCCCCCGAAAUGAUGAAAGGCAACAAGUACGACGAGAAAGUUGACAUCUUCUCUUUUGGCAUCGUCCUCUGUGAGAUAAUUGGCCGAGUCCAUGCUGACCCUGACUACCUGCCAAGGUCUUCUGAUUUCGGUUUGAGCCAGAAGAUUUUUCUUGAGAAAUUUUGCAGUUUGUGCCCAGAGCCGUUGUACCGUGUUGCCUUUCUCUGUUGUGAUCUCAACCCUGACAAGAGGCCCCCUUUCGAGGUUGUGGAAGUUUGGCUGGAAGGCUUGGCCAUGCACUUAGCAGUAGAAAUGUCCCUACCUUACGACUUGGAAUACGAUAUUCUGCACUAUUCAGGGAGAAGCAGUAGUAGCUCGGAAUCAAAUACUCCAGAAAUUUUAUCCCCCUCGAGCAAUCCUCCGUCUCUACUUCAGCCAAUCAAAGAAAAUUCGCCGGCCAAGUGCAUAAUUAAUCAGGACGAAUCGCCAGGCAUGACUACGCUAGACACCAACCUCAACCAGGAGGCGAGCCAGAAAAUCAAACCGGUCGUUCCUCCGCGCCGCAACAUAAUGUACAACAAGACGGCGACGGCGACCAUCCCGGCACCUUCAAUUCACCGCCGAAGAAAUAACUGCAUCACAGUGCUGACCGUCUCAAAUCCCAAUGGAAAAUCGAACCCUACCUCUCCAAACUCAGUGAAGACGCUCAAAAGAUCAGAUUCGCCUGUUGAGAGCACUGCACUUUGACACGUGCCUUCUUUGCAAAAUUAUCCUCAUAGUCUCGGCAUGACAUAUUUUUCAGCGGAAAUUUCUCUUUAGCAACUGAUAUAUGAUAGACGCGUUUUGGAAUUGACAUGGAUUGAUCAAUUGUUUCUAUGAUAGCAUUUUUGUCAGUUAUCCUCGAUCGAGAAUGAUGAUUUUAGAUAUGUGUUCAGUAGAUGAUUAUUUUACAGCAAUAUUGUAGCAUAUUCCAUGAGAAAAUAGCAGACUUUGAUUUCUGGUUGUCACGCGCGCAUGUGAUGAAAAAAAUGGUGCGUCGUUUUCUUGGGGGGUUCACAGACUCUUCUUCGUUCAGUGCAAGCAUUCCAAAGUAAAGUCUUAACUGAUAAUUGUAAUAAAUGGUACUUAAUAAUGUUGCUGCAAUUUAUUGCCUCGAGGCACCCACAGCUUGUCACGUAGCUGGUUUUUGAGACUUUCGCCACCGUAUUAUGUGCACAAAAUUUAUUGAAAACUCACAAAAGUGACUGCUCUGCGGCAAAGAAAUGCACCUGUUUUGGCCUCAAUUCGAAAGCAACAUGCAAUGUGUCUGUUUUUGUGCCUUUCGCAGAUAUUUAACAUCUAGUCUUGAUUUUUUUUUUCAA